UAUGGAAAUAAUAUGGUGGAUAUGUUGGGAAAUAGGGAGGUUAUUUUGAUCAGUAAGUCUCUAUAGUAAAGCCUCUGAUUGAAAUGCAUGUGUCAAGAGAGAUUUAGGCAGUAAAUCACAUUCUGUAUAACAGUUUUUGUUAGACAGGUAUUUUAGUAUUACUGAGGUAUUUUAGUAUUACUGAAAUUUUUUGGGGUUGUGGCCCUCCCCCUAGCCAUCCUUGAGAUUGGUGUUUGGAAGCUUCAAGUGGUUAUUUAUUUCUUAUUUUGUGGGCUACCUAGCUUUACAUUAUUUCAUAAAUUGGAUGGAUUGUAACAGGGGGAUUGUUGUGAACUGUAGAUUAUGUGCAUAAUAUUAUAACAACCAUUUCAAGGAGUUUUUUUGAUUAUUUAUUAUUAAUUUUUUCCCUGAAUGCAUUUCUUAUUCUUAUUCUACUCGAGCAGGUCCAAGAAUUUAUUAGUAUGCUGCAACUCAUGAUUGUCCUGCACUUUUCAUUAUGAAUGAGGAUGUAAUUAAUUAUGUGGAGAAAGCUUAUUGUUUCAGUUUGGUCACUCAGAGUGACAAUGGAAGCUCUGCACAGCAACAAUCUUCCUACUUAGUGACGAAAUCUUCUUCACUUCCGAGCAAUUCUACUGCCACAGAUGUUUCUAUUAUUGAUUCAGUCGCUAACGCAAAUGAAAGUCUUUUGUCUAGAACUUUAUCAGAGGAGAAUCUUGAAUCCCUAAUUUCAUCAAUUGACUUGAGUGGACAUAACCUAGCAAGACCAUCCGGCCCUCAAUCCUCAAAUGAUCUUUCAAGGACCCCUGCCGAUCAUUCCAUUUCAACUGGUGAUCUGAGGCUUAAGUUACAACUUUACAAGGUUCGGCUUCUGCUCUUUACUAGGAACUUCAAGGCAGCUAAGCGUGAAGUUAAGAUGGCUAUGGCUAUGAAUGUAGCACGUGGGAAAGAUUCUUCUGUGGCUCUUCUGUUGAAGUCCCAGCUUGAGUAUGCUCGUGGGAACUACCGUAAAGCCGUCAAGCUCUUGAUGGCUUCAAGUAAUCGAACAGAAUUAGGGAUUUCAAGCAUAUACAACAACAAUCUAGGUUGCAUCUAUUAUCGACUUGGAAAAUAUCACACAUCAAGUGUAUUCUUUUCCAAGGCGCUGAGUAAUUGUUCAUCACUCCGGAAGGAAAAGCUUGUAAGGCUCACAACUUUUUCACAGGACAAAUCUCUCCAAAUUAUAUAUAACUGUGGAGUGCAGUACUUGGCUUGUGGGAAACCAAUACUUGCUGCUCGCUGUUUCCAAAAGGCAAGUUUAAUUUUUUACAGCUGGCCUCUAUUGUGGCUCCGAAUUGCUGAAUGCUGUCUAAUGGCAUUGGAAAAGGGACUUGUGAAAUCUGGUGUGUCCCAUUCUGAUAGAUCAGAGGUUAAAGUUCACGUUAUUGGAAAAGGAAAAUGGAGACAACUUGCUCUGGAAGAUGGGAUUUCAGGUAAUGGACAGGUGGAUUUUGUUGAAAAAAAUGAUUGGUUUUUUGGUGAUAAUAAACACCCCAAUCUCUCAGUGUCUCUUGCCCGGCAGUGUCUGGUCAAUGCCCUGUACUUGUUGAACCGUUCAGAAUCAAAAUAUUUGAAUUCUGGUUCACCUCAUAGUUCAACGUUUGAAGAAAAUGAUGAGAGUGUAUCUGAUGGUGAUUCCAAGCCACCUAAUCCGGUGGUGGGCUCAGGUCCAUUUAAUGCAAAUGGGGAUGCUAAAGAUCAAAAGGGUGGAAACAGUGCCAACACCGCCUUACAGAGCUCCAUAUUGGAUUAUGAAGAAAUUUGUAGAAGAGAGAAUCAGAUGAUCAAGCAAGCUCUUCUUGCUGACUUGGUAUAUGUAGAGUUGGAAUUAGGAAAUCCUUCGAAGGCCCUGUCGAUAGCAAGGUCUCUCUUAGAACUUCCAGAAUGUUCCAGAAUCUACAUCUUUCUUGCCAAUAUAUAUGCAGCGGAAUCUCUCUGCCUGCUAAACCGGCCAAAGGAAGCGGCUGAGCAUUUGUUGAUCUAUUUGUCCGGUGGAAGCAAUGUUGAACUUCCAUACACAGAAGAGGACUGUGAACAAUGGCGAGCGGAGAAAAAUGUGGAGUGUGAUGAGUUGAAUGGCGGGUCGUUAACUGCCAAUAACUCUUCACUCGAUGAAUCGGAAGAUGUUGUGUUCCUCAAGCCCGGAGAAGCAUGUGGGACUGUUUAUGGAAACCUAGCCACGGUGUUCGCAGUGCAAGGAGAUCUUGUGCAGGCUCAACGGUUUGUGAUGCAAGCUUUGUCCAUAAUACCCGAUAGUCCAGAAGCCAUUGUGACCGCUAUUUAUGUGGAUCUCAUGAUUGGGAAGACGCAAGAAGCUCUCACCAAGUUGAAACAGUGUAGUCGUAUUAGAUUCAUCCCUGGCAGUUUAACGGUAAAUGGCUCCUGUUGAUGGUUGUGUUGGUUUUUAGGAGGUAGGUCAAAAAAAAAAAAAAAAAAUCCUUUUUUACAAAAGGAUUUGUAACAUAUAUAUAGCUUCAUCCCAGGGAAUAAAUUUUUUUUUUUUUUUAAUUUACAUUUUUAUCUUCUAAAAAUUUUCAAUUGUAGGAUUCGGUGAAUGGUGGUGCGGUGCCGAAAUUAUAUUGGUAGUUGCAAAAAUGGCCACCUAUAAGAUUUGAGGUGUAGUUCUGAUUCACAGAAUAUUUUUGUUUUAGUGGAUAAAAUCUAGAUGGUAAUUCAAGAUUGUAGAAUGUAGAGGCCAUGUGAUUUUCUCGAGAAAAUGAACUUCUGAAGGAAAUUCAAUCCUAGAUGUUAAUGCAAGGUCAUUUAUUUUUCAA